GAAGAAGAAGAGCAACGCUGAACUGCUUUCAGCCUCAGCACCAACGGGCACUUCUAUCCUCCCGCCUCCCUCCCUCCCUCCAGCCUCAGCAUCACAGCGGGCUCUUCUGUCUUCUUACCUUCGCCCCCACUGCGGAACAUCGGGCCGUUUCCCUGACCUUCGCCAGACAGCAGCGCACAGCCACCCGCGGGUCACCAUGGACAACAGCGGCAAAGAGAAGGAGGCCAUGCAGCUCAUGGCCGACGCCGACAAGAAGGUCAAAGCGUCCGGCUCGUUUCUUGGCGGAAUGUUUGGUGGAAACCACAAGGUAGAGGAUGCCUGUGAGAUGUAUGCUCGAGCAGCUAAUAUGUUCAAGAUGGCAAAGAACUGGAGCGCUGCAGGAAAUGCGUUCUGCCAGGCGGCCCGGCUCCACAUGCAGCUUCAAAACAAGCUGGACUCGGCCACCAGCUUUGUGGAUGCAGGCAACGCUUACAAGAAGGCUGAUCCGCAGGAGGCCAUCAACUGUCUCAAUCAAGCCAUUGACAUCUACACUGACAUGGGUCGCUUCACCAUCGCUGCCAAACAUCACAUCACCAUCGCAGAGGUCUAUGAGUCGGAGUUGGUGGACAUUGAGAAGGCCAUCGCACACUACGAGCAAGCGGCAGACUACUACAAAGGGGAAGAGUCAAACAGUUCGGCCAACAAGUGUUUGCUGAAGGUGGGCCACUACAGCGCCCAGCUGGAGCAGUACCAGAAGGCCGUCGAGAUCUAUGAACAGGUGGCCAUGAGCACCAUGGACAACCCUUUGUUGAAGUACAAUGCCAAAGAAUAUUUCUUCAAGGCUUCCCUAUGUCACUUCAUCGUGGAUGAGCUCAACGCCAAGUUGGCCAUCGAGAAGUAUGAGGAGAUGUUCCCCGCUUUCUCAGAUUCAAGAGAGCUGAAGCUGUUAAAGAAACUUCUGGAGGCUCACGAAGAGCAGAACAGCGAAGCCUUCACCGAGGCCGUCAAAGAGUUUGAUUCAGUUUCCCGCCUGGACCAGUGGCUCACCACCAUGUUGCUGCGCAUCAAGAAGACCAUCCAGGGGGACGCCGGGGACCUGAAGUAGAGCAACGUGGCCGGCGGGCAGCUCAGUGGCCACAAGCUGAACUUGUACAUAUCAGUCUGCAUGUGAUCAAACCAAACAAGCUAAGCAUCACCGGUAGACCACCUCUGUGUGUCCCUACUCAUGCUCACACACACACAUACAUACACACACACUGUAUUGUAACACUGGAAAAGUAUGAAUGGGUUUGUGUGAAUAUGCGUGCUGGUUAUUUGAUAGGGAAUUUGAGCAGAUAAUAAGGAAUAUAUAUGUUUAAGAUAUUUAAUUUUCCAUAUGGACAUUUAUUGUUUAUUAUGGUGCUCAGUGUUAAUAAUUUGCCCUUUAUUUGGUUGUGUCCACUCUUCAGUGACAUCAUCACUCACUGCUCGUCUCCCAUAGCGACCACUCCAGGGCCUGAUUUAUGCAUGUCUGUGCUCAUGUUGAUGUGUUCGCUGUGUCGUGCUUAACUGUGGGAAAAAGCACUCGUGCCUGUUGUCUGGUAUCGUUUGUGGGCAAUGGGUAAAAACGUAUCUUGAAAUAAAUACAUUAU